AUGGGCCGCCGCCGCCUGCAGGUCUGGCUGUGCGCCGUCGCCGCGCUGCUCUCGGGGGCGCAGGCCAAAGGGACCCCACUGCUCGCGCGGCCCGCGCCCCCGGGGGCCUCCCGCUACGGCCUCUACACCACCGGAUGGCGCCCCCGGCUGCGCCCCGGGCCACACAAGGCCCUCUGUGCUUACGUGGUACACAGGAACGUGACUUGCAUCCUGCAAGAGGGAGCAGAGACCUACGUAAAGGCUGAGUACCGGCAAUGUGGUUGGGGACCCAAGUGUCCCGGGACAGUCACCUACCGCUCCCUGCUCAGACCCAGGUACAAGGUUGGCUACAAGACAGUGACAGACCUUGCCUGGCGCUGCUGCCCUGGUCUCACUGGAGACGGCUGUCCCGAACAUCUCACAGACCAUGGAUCCACCCUGUCCCAGCAAGAGCCUGAGCCCCACAUUCCCUUGGGGCAGCUGGGUCCAGGCCCCAGACACCCUCCUUACAGCAGAGAGGUCCCCAGUCCCCAUGGAAGAAAAGGCCCAGGGUUGUUUGGUGAGCGCCUGGAACGGCUGGAGGGUGAUGUUCAGCGCCUGGCACAAGCAUACGGUACUCUGAGUGGCCUGGUGGCCAGCCACGAGGAUCCCAACAGGAUCACUAGUGACCCCAGGGUUCCUGCUGCCCCCGUGGGCUUUGGGGUUAUCUCCGAGGGGCUUGGGGAGCCAGAGGGCAGAGCCAGUGCGCCACUCACUCCUGCCCUGGGAGAGAUCCUAAACAAGGUGACAGAGGUGAGCAACACACUGCAGACCAAGGCGCAGCUGCUCGACGAGGUGCGCGGCUUGGCCCUGAGUCACGAGGCGCACCUGCAGCGGCUCCGCGAGACGCCGCCCUCCCCGCUGACCUCCCUGGCCCGGCUGGAGGAGUACGUGGACCAGCGGCUGCGGCGCCUCUGGGGGAGCCUGCUGGAUGGCUUUGAGCAGAAGCUGCAGGGCGUGCAGAGCGAGUGUGGCCUGCGCGUGCAGGAGGUGAGGCGGCAGUGUGAAGAGGGCCAGGCGACGAGCCAGAGGUUGCACCAGAGCCUUGACGGCCGGGAGCUGGCCCUGCGUCGGGAGCUCUCCCAGCUGGGCACUCGGCUGCAAGGCUUGAGCAUGGCUGGCGGGAGUGGCUGCUGCAGCCGGCUGGCUCUGAUCAGUGCCCGUGUGGACAGCCUCGAGAGGAACCUGCAGGCUGUCUCUGAGGCCCGAGGCAGCCCUGGCAGCCCGGCCACAAAUGAGCUGGCGCGGCUCUCUGCUGCCAUGCUCCAGGGGGGUGUGGAUGGGCUGCUUGAGGGCCUGGAGACCAUCAAUGGGACAGAGAACGGAGCAAGGGGCUGCUGUCUGAGGAUGGGGCUGCGGGGCUGGGGUGUGGGUGGCUUUGGGUCCACACUGGAAGAGCGAGUGCAGAACCUAGAGGAGCGACUGGCCACACUGGCGGGGGACUUGAGCCACCCUAGCGCCACCCCGGGCAGGUCAGCGCAGCCUCUCGUGCAGACAGAGCUGGCUGUGUUAGAACAACGGCUGGUCUCCCUGGAGGCCUCGUGCACCCCCAGUACCACCUCAGCCGUCCUGGACAACCUCGUGGCAGAGGUAAAAACGUGGCAGAGCCGGAGCGAGGCCCUCCUACACCAGGUGGCCGGCCACGCAGCUCUGCUCCAGCAGCUCAAUGGCACCAUGGCUGAAGUCCAAGGGCAGCUGGCGGAGGGAACGGGCAGCUCGCUGCGCGGCGAGAUCACUUUGUUGAAAGUGAACCUGAACUCGGUGAGCAAGUCGCUCACGGGCCUCAGCGACUCGGUCAGCCAGUACUCGGAUGCCUUCUUGGCUGCCAACACAUCCCUGGAUGAGCGAGAGCGCAAGGUGGAGGCGGAAGUCCACGCCAUCCAGGAGCAGGUCAGCAGUCAAGGCUCAAGGCUUCAGGCCGGCCGCAGGCAAGUGCUGAACCUGCGUGGGGAGCUAGAGCAACUCAAGACGGGUGUGGCCGACGUGGCUGGGGGGCUGAACCGAUGCAGGGACACGGCCCAGCAACUGCAGCAUGCAGUGGGCCGCUUUGACCAGCGGGUGGCACAAGUGGAGAGCACGUGUGAGAGACUGGGCCGGCUGGCUACCCGCCUGGACGGUUUGCCCAUUGAACAGCUCAGGUCCAGGGAGGGCCUGUGGGGUUACGUGGACCAGCUGAACCGGACGCUGGCCCAGCACACUCAGGACAUUGCCCGACUCCAAGAUGACCUGCUGGACUGCCGGGCCCAGCUGGCCGAGGUGAGGCCAAGGCGAGCUAACUAGGCAAGGCUGGACCGAAUCGAAAGCCCAGAUCACACCAACCCUGGGAACAUCAUCCCAGAGCCCAACUUUACACAGCAGCAUCUCCCAGCCUCCCCUGACCAGCCCAGAGGCCAUCUGAUGAAAGGCCGGUCCCAGGCAGCACAUGUCACGUUUGGUGCUGCAGUGUGGACAGUUCGGGAUUAAGAGGCAGGGAGGGCUGCAGAAGAUCCUGUCUUAGGAAACAAAAACAAUCAAAAAGAGUCAAGGUCAGAACAUUAUGCCUAAGGAACGAGGUGAACUUCAGCGUGGCACGUUGCAUGGUCUUCACUUGCUCUUGUGUGGACUACUGGAGUUAGCAAAUGCGCCAAGCUCUCCAGGCCAGGCCUCAGACAGAGACCUGCCCAUCAGGGACAGCUGCACCCCUUGGAGGCAUCUGUUCUCUUGUCACUUUGUUUCUGCCCUUGGACAUCUGGACGAGGCUUCUGCAGGAAACCUCACAGGUGGCAGCUUCACAGGUGCUGUUUCUGAACUGCCCGAGGUUUCCAGCCCCUCAUGCAGCCUUUCGGAUAAAACGAAAGCUCAGAGACCUGGUAGAGAGUUCUCUUUAUUCCUUUUGCUCCUCAGUGUGAGGGCAUAGGCAGCUGUACAUUACCAGAGGAAAGAAGUAGAACCAAGUGGUGUCUGGUGUCUGGAGAUCCCUCUCCGGUGUAUCCCUUUCCUUUCCUCCACCCCAAAAGACCUGAAGUUUCCAUGUCAUGCUGGUGCCUAUGCGGUCUUCUUCCUUUGGGUUAGGAGAAGGUUCCUCCUCGACCCUCACAUCAGUACCUCUUACUAACAAUAGCCUCAGAGUCCUCUAAGGCCCAAAGGAGCCCGAUUCCUGAGGAGGCGGUCAUAGCUGAACGAAAAGAGGAGUAGGCUGUGCUUUUUAAUGAAACCCAAGAAACUCCAGCCCCGCCAGGAUGUUCACAAGCUGGUGAGAACUUUUAUGUCAGAAACAAUCAAGGAACAAGUGGAAAACAACCAGUGCUUCUCAGGCCCAAGAAAUUCCUGGAGACGGACGCCAUCUGUGCUGAGGCUUCGGUCCUCAGUUUCCCCCAACAGCAGCCCGGGCCUCCCACUUCUGCUUUCAGGUUCCCUCAGCCCUGCCUUCUGGCUUCUUGACACUCGGUAUUGUGGCCUCCACUCUGAUGGUGUUUGAUGGCAGGUUCUGGAUUAAAGCUUUUUAUCCCACUUUCAA